UUGUUACUGUCCUGGGCGGUAGAGGAACUGUACCGGGCACCCUUGGGAGGAUCACGGUCCCUGCUCUCAGCUGGGAAGAAAGAACGAAUGGGGGAGAAGGAGGAGGGAUGGAGCAAAGAGGAGACCCAGAGGCAGAGAUGUGAGACGGGCAGCAAGAAGAGAAAGAAUUUGCAGCAAAACAGAACUCGCGCCUGACGCUCUCCAUUUCUUGGACCUGGAGCGAAUUAUUUUACUCUCCAACCUGGACCUCGCGACGCGGGGCUGAGCGCCGAGGCCGCAUCGCCCCCCUCCCUAACCCCGCUCCCCCACACCCCAUCCCGGGCCCCGCCCCGCGAUUGGCCGGCUCGCCCGGGCCGUCGCCGAUUGGCGCUCGCCGGCCGGGUCUACGGGGUUUAAAGGGGGGGCGGGGGCGCCCUGCCCAGCCGCGCCGCUGUCCCCGCCGUGCGCCUGUCGUGCCGUCGGAGCUGGGCUCGCAGCCUUUCCUGGCCUGCCGCCGCCUCCAGCGCCCCACGUCCGGCCGUCGCCGGUCAGCGGCUCGCGAGCGUGCGAAGAGAGGACCGGGGCAGGCGCCGUCCGGUCCCGGGCGCGGGCACAGCUAGUGAGGGGCGAGGCCCGGGGACGCCGAGGUGGCGGCCACCAUGGUAGCCACGUGCCUGCAGGUAGUGGGCUUCGUCACGAGCUUCGUGGGUUGGAUCGGCAUCAUCGUCACCACGUCCACCAAUGACUGGGUGGUGACCUGCGGCUACACCAUCCCCACCUGCCGCAAGCUGGACGAACUGGGCUCCAAGGGUCUGUGGGCUGACUGCGUCAUGGCCACGGGGCUGUACCACUGCAAGCCCCUGGUGGACAUCCUCAUCCUGCCCGGCUAUGUCCAGGCCUGCCGAGCCCUGAUGAUAGCAGCCUCAGUCCUGGGGCUGCCCGCCAUUCUCCUGCUGCUGACGGUUCUCCCCUUCAUUCGAAUGGGCCAGGAGCCUGGGGUGGCCAAGUACAGGCGGGCCCAGCUGGCUGGCGUUCUGCUCAUUCUGCUGGCUCUCUGCGCCAUGGUUGCGACCAUCUGGUUCCCCGUGUGCGCCCACCGCGAGACCACCAUCGUGAGCUUCGGCUACUCCCUGUACGCGGGCUGGAUCGGUGCCGUGCUGUGCCUCGUGGGUGGCUGUGUCAUCCUCUGCUGUGCCGGAGAUGCCCAGUCGUUCGGCGAAAACCGUUUCUACUACUCUUCGGGCUCCAGCUCGCCCACUCAUGCCAAGAGUGCCCACGUAUAAGAGGGCUGCUAGCCUGCCCACCGAGGUGCUGCAGAUACUGGGCCUGUGGCCCUGGGUUUGCUUGCCACAGGCAGUGGAAGCCUGCUCCAAUGCCAGGCUCCAAAGCCAAAGUUCUAGAAAAGCAUCCUGUCUGGCAUUUUUUAGUCUUAAUACCCCUCUCCCCGUUCAUUGCCUUAAAAGGAAUCUUUAGCUCAGAAAAUGCCCACACACUUUUCUCGUGGUUUUGCCCAUUAUUAGCUCUUUUCUUGGGCAUUCCUUUGUUGUUCACCAGUAUAUAUAUGUAUAUGCAUAUGUAUAUGUAUAUGUAUAUAUAUUUUCCUCUCUUUAAAUUUUAAAUAUCUUGCAAACAUUGCUGAGUUGGGUGUGGGGAAAGAAAGAAAAGACACUUUUCAAACUGUUACAGAUGACAAUGGGAGCCUCAUAAAGAUGUCUCUCUGUUCGCUCCCUCCUCUUCGGCUCCAAGGUCAUUUAGUUUUAAGCGAUAGAAAAAAACAGAACUGGGGACAUGAGGUGGGGAGGGAGGGGACUGUGGAACUUUCCCUCCAUGGGAAACUUUCCCUUUUGUAAAUCGAGGGCAAGGGGUGGGGAUAUUUUUUAGUUUGUGAUUUUACAUUUAUCUGUACAUACUUUUUCAAGAUUGAUCAUUUUUAUAACCAUGGUUUUCCUGAAAUUCUCAAUUCAUCAGUAUGAAGGAAAUGAACCAAAUAGGCCUUAAUUAUAUGAUAAAUAACAGUCCAAGUGAAUAUAACUCUAACUGACAUGCCACAAAAUAUUUUUGAUUUCCAGAUUUGUAUGAUACAGUUUUUAAUCCUACACUUGCGUAUGCUUCAACUUAACACAUUUUUAAAGCUUUUCCCCCCUUUCUCUAUUUUCAUUUUGUUAGCCAUCUUGAAGUGGUGUUGUUUAACAUAAAUCAUGCUGUUGAAUUUGGCUUUACGGGUGUAAACACUGAUGCUGUAUCAGUAUUUGAGACCCCAAACUGUCCAAACAUUGAUGGUGCAUUUUGUCCUUUAAGUGAAACCCGUGCAAUAAAAUAACAGACUGUUU